AUGAGCAGAAGGAUCAGAAGAAACUGGGACUCCCUGUGCGUAGAUCAGCACAAUCCGCAGGCGAAGAGAAAUCAACCGCCGAUGACUGUCGACUGCUUCAGACGAAACCUUUCGGGAACCAACGGGACCAAGGACUUUGAACCGGAGAUGCCUGCGGAGAUGUAUCAUGCGAUCAAAACAGAGGAGAUUGUGAUGCCAGCCGAGCAGAAGGGGACUGUCAAAGAUGACUACAUGUGGAAGGUCCUGUUGAGAAGAGGAGAAACUUCCGAGGGAUCGUUCUUCCACGCUCCCACCGGAUGGAAUGAUCACGAUCUGUUCGCAGUCUGCUGGGGACCCGCCGUCGCCGCUCUUUCCUACGUCUUCGAUAAAUCGGAGCACGAACAGAUACUCCAGAAGGCGCUCACUGGAUACAGAAAGUGCGCGAAGAUUGCCGCCUACUAUGGAAUGAAGGAGGUGUUCGACAAUCUGUGCAUCCAUCUCUGCAAGUUCACCACUCUCACCUCGAUGCGUGACGGAGGAGCCGACGACGCUCUUGAUCUUCAACGGCAUCGAUCGAUGGUCGACGUCUCGAGCAGCUCGGUCGGCUCACUCGGAGGCAUUCUCAACCAUCCGCCGGAAGUUCUCUCCCUCGCGUUCGGAGAGAACCACAAGGCUCAAUUGGCGACUCGUACACUGUUCUACCUGGUGCACGAGAACGGAAACAUUCUGAGAGAAGGGUGGAGAAAUCUGUUCGAAGUGCUGCUUCAACUCUUCCGAGCACGUCUUCUUCCAAGCCAAAUGACUGAAGUGGACGACUAUGUGGACGCGAAGAAAUGGGUCAGCAUUCAGAGAGUCCAUCAGAAGGAAAUCACCACUACCCGCAGCGAUACCGGCCUCCUUUCCUGGUUUGGACUGGGCGGUGGAGCGUCGGAAGCGGAGCGCCGGAAGCCGAGUCAAGAGCAACUGAGCGCCAUGAAACUAGCCUCUCAGGUCAUCGCCGAGUGCCGCCCGGCUCAGAUUGUGGCCGAUAGCAAGUACCUGACGAGCACAAGCCUUGCAGAAAUGCUCAGUUCGCUCGCGGCUAACAGCGCGAUGAUUGUGGAGCUGGCGGAGCCGCAGCAGAAGACCGCCAGUCUCAGCGGAGAGGACGAGGACGCGCUCGUCUUUUAUCUCGAGCUCAUCGUCUCGAUCACUCUGGAGAACAAGGACCGUCUUCCGCUCGUCUGGCCACACGUUCGUCGUCACAUCGAAUGGCUCCUCUCGCCGAGAUUCGGAAGAUGCCCAGUACUUGUGGAGAGAGCCGUUGUCGGACUGCUCCGAGUGGCCAACCGCAAUCUGUUUCGCGACAACACAGUCUCCGACGACGUUCUUCACUCCCUCUCCAUGCUUCUCCGUCUCUCGCCCAAGGCCCUUUUCGUGUUCAGUCGACAAAUCGCCUUUGGUCUCAAUGAGCUCAUCCGUGCCAAUGCCGCAAAUGUGCACAAGAAGGAACACUGGGCGGUGCUGUUCGCGCUUCUUGAAGCCGCUGGAGCCGCCGUUCUUCCUGAUGAUUAUGUGCAACCGCAACAACAAUCGAAAGGAGACGCCAGAAACGCAUUCUCGGAUGCGGAAAAGGAAACGGGACGGUCUGGACAUGAAGAACGCGCGUACACAUCGGAAGGAGAGGAGGCGCGCGGAAAGAGAGCGAACUACGACUCGGGAAGCGAUCUGGAGAGCCGAGUCGACUCUGCCGGCUCACUUUUCCGAGCUCAGAAAUCAGGACAGCCGGCCGAUUGGAUUCAUCUUGACCACAAAGAUGCAGCGAAAGCGACAGAAGAAGCACUCCGCGCUCUGGGAGCCACUUCCCACAUGAAGAACUUUCAGCGAUUCGGCAGUCUCGUCUUGAGAACCGGACUCGGAAGACAGUUUUUAUUGCAGAGAGCAUUCUAA